ACUCCACUGUCCAGUCCGUGGGGCCGGGUCCAAGCUGCCCAGGCCAGUGGGGCAGGCAGGCCUGGCUCUCAGGGGUCUGGACUGGUCAGAGGAAGCUGGUAACAGCAGGAGUCAGUCUGGGGCCCACGUCUGGGGCUCUGGCUGGGGGCACAGUGAGGCCGGGGCAGCAGCUGGACUACAUUUCCCAGAGUCCUUCAAAGCCCAGGAGUGAGCCAUUGGAAGAUUUAAAUAGCCCAGGCCCGAGGCAGCCAGGCCGCAGCUGUGGACUCGUCCGCCUCCCCGGUGGCUCCAUUGGUGCUGGCCCACACUGGUGGGCUCGAUUGGCUGCCCAGCUGGCACUGACGUCCCCUUGGAGCCUGGUGGCAGCCGGAGGUAAACAGCCAUGUGCAAUCCUCCGCUCUAUAUUUAACAGCGGCCGCAGAGAAGACAGGGAGGCAGGGAGCCGUGGCAGCUCUGGGAUAGCUCGUCUUCGGGGAGAAGGCCCUGCUGCCGGCUUGGCACCGGCCCUCACACUGUGAGCGUCACCAUGCCAGCCUCCCAGAGCCGGGCCCGCGCCCGGGACCGCAACAACGUCCUCAACCGGGCCGAGUUCCUGUCCCUGAACCAGCCCCCCAAGGGCGCCCCGGAGCCCCGCAGCUCGGGCAGGAAGGCCUCAGGCCCCUCGGUACAGCCCCCAGGCCCUGGGGACGGGGCCCGUGAGCGGCGCCAGUCGCAGCAGCUGCCGGAGGAGGACUGCAUGCAGCUGAACCCCUCCUUCAAGGGCAUCGCCUUCAACUCCCUGCUGGCCAUCGACAUCUGCAUGUCCAAGCGGCUGGGGGUGUGCGCCGGCCGGGCCGCGUCCUGGGCCAGCGCCCGCUCCAUGGUCAAGCUCAUUGGCAUCACGGGCCAUGGGAUCCCCUGGAUUGGUGGCACCAUCCUCUGCCUGGUGAAGAGCAGCACGCUGGCUGGCCAGGAGGUACUCAUGAACCUGCUUCUGGCCUUGCUCCUGGACAUCAUGACGGUGGCCGGCGUGCAGAAGCUCAUCAAGCGGCGAGGCCCGUUCGAGACGAGCCCCAGCCUCCUGGACUACCUCACCAUGGACGUCUACGCCUUCCCCGCCGGGCACGCCAGCCGCGCGGCCAUGGUAUCCAAGUUCUUCCUCAGCCACCUGGUGCUGGCCGUGCCCCUGCGCAUCCUGCUGGUGCUCUGGGCCUUCUGCGUGGGCCUGUCCCGCGUGAUGAUCGGACGCCAUCACAUCACGGACGUCAUCUCGGGCUUCAUCAUCGGCUACUUCCAGUUCCGCCUGGUGGAGCUGGUCUGGAUGUCCUCCAACACCUGCCAGAUGCUCAUCUCCGCCUGGUGAGCCGCCACCUGCGGCUCCGGGGCUGGGGUGGCUGGAGAGAGGUGGCAGGAGGAGGCAGGGCCCACAGGGGAGGGGUGGACCAGGCGCCCUCAGCUCAUCUUCCUCAUCUUGUUGGAGGCUGGUGAACUCAGGUGGGCCCACCUGCGGACUGGCUUAUCCAGUAGCACCCGGUGCUUUCCUCGGACUCCCAGUCGCCCUGGGCAGGCCUCGGCCCAGCCGUGGGGACAGCCCUGCUUAGCUUCUGCUCUGGAGACAAAAGGCGAGAACCAAGAUGGCGGGCAGAGGCCGAGCCUGUCUUGUCCUUUCCUCGUCAUGACUGUUGAGUUCCUGGCCAUGCCCACCACGCCACAGCACGAUGCUUGGCCAAAUACCCCCACCCACCACCCAACACAGGUGCCGUUGCCAUUAACGGUCAUCGAUAGCUUAGGGCAGCACUUUCCAAAGGGCACCCCAUGGACACUAGCCACCGGACACUAGUCUGCAAGAUGCUUUAGGAAGAAAAAGGGUUUUGUGGUCAAAUAAAUUUGGGAAAUGCUGCAAACUCUGCCCCAUAUUGAACAUGCACAAGGGCUGUUAUUGUCAGAAAGGCUCUGACAAGUCCUGCAGAAAAGCUUUGUGUGGAACCUUGUUUAACCCAUGCUUCCUAAACUGAUUUGACCACAGAACCCUUUUCUCAUGGAACAGCCAUUAACCCCCCAAGGAACCACCAUGUCCUCAAGCAUGUGUUGGGAGACGCUGCCCAGGAGCCGAAGGGCCUGAGGCGCGAGCUGGCCUCUCCCGGUGCCAGGCCCUCAGCCUGGGGAGACCAGGUGUCCAGGUCACCGCCUACGGAAAGCCCAUGGCCAUGGGCAUCGGUGCCACUUUGGCCCCCAGGGGCCGGACUCCGUGUGACCUAAUAGGUCGUUUCCAAGUCAACCGUUAUGGAUGUGCAUUUCCUGUGACAAUACAGAUGACAUGCGAUCAGAC